AACGUAAAGGUGAUAUAUAUAUACGUGGAAGGUGUCGUUAUAAAGGGUUCUCAAUAAUCAGGCCAAGUUUAAUAAAUAAUGGAAGUUUGAGCGUGGAACCUUUGACGAUUCGCUGGGGAGUAGGUCGAAGGUGACAGACAACCGGGUGUACGCAGUGGCUUCGUAAACCGCACGAUAUUCCACGCCUUGUUUGCAAUACUGCGAUAUUGGCAUAUUAAGUAGCCAAGACAUUUUAAAAGUGCAUAAACCUACAGCAAAGCACUCUAAAGAUAUAUAUAAUAUAUAUAUAUAUAUAUAUAAGGGUAUCUACAUAACUAAUACCAACCAUGGGGAAUAUGUUUGCAACAUUAUUUAAAGGCCUCUUUGGCAAGAAAGAAAUGAGAAUUUUGAUGGUAGGCCUUGAUGCUGCCGGUAAAACAACUAUUCUGUACAAAUUAAAAUUAGGGGAAAUUGUUACAACAAUUCCUACUAUAGGGUUCAAUGUAGAAACAGUUGAGUAUAAAAACAUAAGUUUUACUGUAUGGGAUGUAGGUGGUCAAGACAAAAUUAGACCUUUGUGGCGGCAUUACUUCCAAAAUACACAGGGACUUAUAUUUGUCGUUGAUAGUAAUGAUAGAGAACGUAUUGGCGAGGCACGUGAAGAGUUAAUGAGAAUGUUAGCAGAAGAUGAGCUCAGAGAUGCAGUACUUUUAAUAUUCGCUAAUAAACAAGAUCUGCCAAAUGCAAUGAACGCUGCAGAAAUAACUGAUAAAUUGGGUUUGCAUUCUUUACGUAAUCGUAAUUGGUACAUACAAGCAACGUGCGCCACAAGUGGAGAUGGACUUUAUGAGGGUCUAGAUUGGCUCUCCAAUCAACUAAAAAAUGCCAACCGCUAAUCGGAACGUUAUUUUGUCAACAUUCAGUUGCUAUAUUAACAUCAUAAAAAAAAAAACAGCUGCACACCCGUCCCCCCUCCCACGAACGAAUAAUAUUUUAAAAAAGAGCAGUAACACUGUGUGCGAAGCGCAAGAUCUUUUGGAUCUUGAGUGGAGGGUGAACAGGUUAUCAUAUGUUGUCACUACUGUGCCAGAUGAAGUUUUGGGGGGAGGGGAGUGGGGAAAAAUGGUCGUGAGCACACACCAUCGAACGACCACACAGGACUAUUGCCUUGAGCAAAUUAUUAUUAUAAUUAUUAUUACAUUAGCAUUAUAGUUACACUUUUUACACAGAGAUACCGCAAGAAAUGUGGAACAAAACUUGAAAUAAUUGUAUUAAAGUACCUAAACUCUUGAAACAUACAAUACACAUUAAUUAAUUAAUUAAAUAAUUUAAAUAUCUUUGACAAAAAAAAAAGAUUUAAGAAGAAGACAAAUGCGUAAAGUACCCACGGUGUUGUCAGUUUGAAUGCGUUGGACAUACUGAUUAUCAUAAUGUAGCUGCAUAUUGUACAUUACAUUAUAUAAAUACGAUGAUAAAAUGUGAUCAAUAGAUGGUGAGAGAAUGUUGCUCUGUCCAUUAAAAAUUGCAAAAUGUUUUAUAGGCCCAUCAGUUUAAAUAGAAGCAGAGAGUUAAAAUAACUGACGGUGCAAUGACUUACUGUUUCUAGUUACACACAACAAAUUCGUUUCUAUUUUUUUAAGUUUUUUUUUUUUUUCACUAAAUAGACUUUUGAAAGGGAUAAAAAUAAAUUCGAAAUUAUAAUAUAAAUUACAUAUGAUUGUUUCGUUAGCUCUAUGCACGCGCGCGCGCUUGUGUGUGUGUAAUAGCAGGUGCAGUAAUUGCACCCUCCUCCACCUGCUUGAACUAACACAAAACAGCGAGCCAAUCAUAUGAAUAUUAAUCUCAGUGUAAAAGAGAUAUCAUUUAUUUAUUACACCUUGAUAAAAAAGGUUUUAUUAGAGAAAAGAAAACAAAUCGUCGACAUUCCGAAAUUAUUGCAGCGACCAUAGCGGAAAAAAAAUUCAGGUUAAUUAUUAAAGAAAAAAAAA